AUGGAAAAAUUAAAAACGCAUAAAUAUCAUCUACGGAGAGCCUCCACACGAGCUGCGCACACACAACGACGCCUCAUACGCCACAUUAACCUAAAGAAUUAUGCAGCGUUCAUAAUUGCAACGAUAUUUGUUGUCAUUACGGCCUGUGUGAAAAGUGCACACCUAAAUGUCAAUACACUGACAUUGCAAACGGCAGCGGGGGGAGUCGGAGCUGCUGUGGCACCAAGCCUGCCGGCAGCCAUACGAGAAGAGGACACAGCCACACAUUCAACGGCAACAUCACUACCACCACCACUACCACCUGCGUUAGCUUCAAAUUCCUCUUCGUCGUCGUCAUCAUUGUCCUUGUCAGAAUUAGAGCAAAUACCAUUAACAAUCCUGGAAUUACAGGAAUCGCCUAGGCAACAGCAGGAACAACAACAACAGCAGCAGCCUGCCUACCAAAGUCAGCCACAGCAUUUGCCAUUGGUUGACACUGCAACAGCCACACGAAAUGCCUUAAAUACUGCCGCCAUAGAAGAUGAUGCCAACACGUUACUGCUCACACCUAACGAAGAUAAAACACUAGACGAGGAGGAAGAGGAACAGCUGCGGGCGGAGGAUGAGGAAUACUUUUCAUUACAAAAUAUUCAAAGUUCCGCAAGGGAACGUCAGCAACAACCACAAGAACACCAAAGUCGUCCGCAUUCCGGUCAUCAGUAUCGCCACCAACACCAUCAGAAGCUGCAUCAUCGUCAUCAUUCUCAACAGCACCAUGAAGAGCAACAACAACAACAAGAGCAAUUCAAGUAUCAUAAUGAAAGCCCCGAACAUAAACAUAACCUACAUCGCAAUCAUCAGCAUCAACAGCAACACCACCACCAGCAUCAUCAUUAUCAGUCUCAACAGGAACUCGAGCAAACACAACGACAGCAACAACAACAAAGGACACUCUCUGAAGAAGGUGUUGUUGACCAUAAUAAUAAUCAGCCAUUGGCACAGGAUGAAAUUUCCAUCAUUACCGAACACCAUCAACCCCACCAUUACCACCAUCAUCAGCAGCAACAUCAGACCUGGCAAAAUAAUGGUGGCAAUGGCAAAAAUUCUAAUCAAGCGCUCUUGAACGGCCACUCGCACCGCAGCCGCUUUACCAUUGAGGAUUUGUUGCACACCAAAUUCGAAAAGAAGAUAUCGAAUGACAUCUACAUGGAUCCAUGCAAAGCGGGUGGUUUUAUGGGAGAUAUUGCCCUGCCCGAUUUACAAUAUGAUGAUGACUAUCCACUGGUGGCCUAUACACAAAUGUGGGAAGAACCCAUGCAAUCGGAUGCACCGGUCAAUGAUGCUCCCGGCAAAUACAACGAAACAUUUCAAAAGGAAAUGGAAAUACUCAAACAAGAAGUCUACAAUGAGGGUUUGCAGGUGGAGGAAGAGGGGUUGACUGAUAUUAUAAGGCGGAAGACUAAAUUGCCGAGUAGUAAACCGGAUUUGAAUAAUGAAAAUGUGGAGUCCUUUGCAAAUGAAUUACUGAAACCCAAAACCCAUCCCAGCUAUGAGAACAUAAAUUAUAAAAAUGAUGUCAUCAGUUCCGAGGAUCAUGAACCCAGGAAAUAUUCCAUUAAUAUACCAAAUAAAUUUAAUGUAUUGGCUGGUAAAGAAGAGGUGUUGCCGGAGAAAGUGGACAAAACCUUUAACACUUCCGCUGAGAAAUUCGAAAGCAUUCUGACAUCGGAAGACAAAUCUCAAAUUGAAGCAGAAAAAUACAACAAAUCCACUGUGGGUUUGGGUAAUCGUAAUGUCGAUCAACGUAAAAUACAAUCGAAUACCAAAGAUAUUGAAUUGGACACGGGUAAUAAUUUUGUUUCGGAACGAAAAAUAGUCAUUCUGCCUACAGCAUUGCCGGCUCAACGUUCCACUUUGCCCAAUGUUUAUAGUAAUGCUGGAGGUAAUGGUAUGAAGUUGGAUGAUAUACAAGAGUUGAAGGGAAGCAGUACAAUUAUUAAGAGGAGAAAUCGAAGAGGACGGAAAAAUAGACGCAGUAAUCCUAAUGGUAGAUCAGAUUAUAACCUACGCAUGCAACAGUUAAAGGAAGAACUUACUCGCCCAGUGGGUGAGGAAAAGAAGCAACAUCAUCGCCAUCACAACCAUCAACAUCACCAAACAACAAGGCCGGAACAAAAACAUCAUCGUCAAGAACAUGAUUCCAUAAAGAAAUAUUCCAAUAAUUUCACCGAAAUUGAAAGUGCCAAUGAUGAUAUGAGAUAUUCCAAAUUAAGUGAUAUAUUCUUGGAUAUGGAUGCGGAGGCGGAACGAAAACAUAAACCAAAUAUUGUGCCAGCAUAUGAAGCGGAGGAAGAAGAUGAAUUCAGUUUUGUGCGUGAACAUCGUCGUCUACCACGUGCUGUAACGGCCAAAAAGGAACGUGUCUGGGAUUAUGGUGUAAUACCCUAUGAAAUCGACGGCAACUUCAGUGGCCUGCACAAGGCACUGUUCAAGCAGGCCAUGCGUCACUGGGAGAACUCCACAUGUAUUAAAUUUGUUGAACGAGAACCCGAAUUGCAUCCCAACUAUAUUGUGUUCACCAUACGAGGUUGUGGAUGCUGCUCCUUCGUUGGCAAACGUGGCAACGGACCACAGGCCAUCUCCAUUGGCCGCAAUUGUGAUAAAUUUGGCAUUGUUGUUCAUGAACUCGGUCAUGUUGUGGGCUUUUGGCAUGAACACACCCGACCAGAUCGCGAGAAACAUGUUAUCAUCGAACACAACAACAUCAUGAAGGGUCAGGAUUACAAUUUCAAUAAAUUAACACCGGACGAAGUGGACUCCUUGGGCAUGGCCUACGAUUACGACUCGAUUAUGCACUACGCACGCAAUACCUUCUCCAAGGGGACAUAUUUGGACACCAUCCUACCCAUCGAGGUGAAGGGACGCAAACGGCCGGAAAUCGGUCAGCGGUUGCGUUUAAGUGCCGGUGAUAUUGCCCAGGCCAAUUUGCUGUAUAAAUGUCCGAAAUGCGGUCGCACAUUUCAAGAUAACACUGGCAUCUUUGCCAGUCCCUCGUAUCACACGGCCGGUGCCCUGACCAACGAGACGGAACAUUGUGAGUGGCGCAUAACGGCCACACAUGGCGAACGAGUGGUUUUGAAAUUGGAGAAUUUGAAUAUUUUCAAAUCGGAAAAUUGCCAAUCGGAUUAUUUGGAAAUUCGUGAUGGUUACUGGCAUCAAUCACCUUUAAUAGCUCGUUUUUGCGGCAAAGUCAGCAGUGAAAUAUUAAAAACGGUUUCUAGCCGCAUGUUGCUAACCUAUGUCAAUACACAUCGUGCCGAGGGCUAUCGCGGAUUUAAGGCGGAAUUUGAUGUUGUCUGUGGCGGAGAAUUGAAUAUCGAUGACAAUGAAGGACGCUUGGAGUCACCCAACUACCCGUUGGAAUAUCUACCCAAUAAAGAAUGCAUUUGGAAAAUUACCGUACCCAAAGGUUAUCAGGUGGCACUGAAAUUCCAAUCAUUCGAAGUGGAAAAUCAUGAUAGUUGUGUUUAUGAUUUUGUCGAAGUUCGAGAUGGACCCUCACAGGAAUCCCCACUGAUUGGGGUAUUUUGUGGUUAUAAGCCACCACCAAAUAUGAAAUCCACUGGCGAUACAAUGUUUGUGAAAUUCGUUUCGGACACCUCGGUGCAAAAGCCCGGUUUCUCAGCCACAUUCAUGAAAGAAGUUGACGAGUGUGAAACACAAAAUCACGGCUGCGAACAUGAAUGCAUCAACACUCUGGGUGGCUACGAGUGUGCCUGUCAUAUUGGCUAUGAACUGCACAGCGACAAGAAACAUUGUGAGGAUGCCUGUGGCGGUGUCAUUGAAUAUCCCAACGGCACCAUUACCUCACCCUCAUUCCCCGACCCCUACCCACUGCUGAAGGAUUGCAUUUGGGAGAUUAUUGCACCGCCCAAACAUAAAAUCUCGCUGAAUUUCACCCAUUUCGAUUUGGAGGGAGCCACCCAUCAUCAGUCGGAAUGUGGCUAUGACAAGGUGACAAUUUAUUCUAAACUCAGUGAGAAUCGUUUGAAGAAGAUUGGCACCUAUUGUGGCAGUUCAAUACCGCCCACGGCCACCUCGGAGGGCAAUGCAUUGCGUGUGGAAUUCCAUUCGGACAAAUCAAUACAAAAGUCGGGAUUCGCGGCUGUGUUCUUCACGGACAUCGAUGAGUGUUCGAUUAACAAUGGCGGAUGUCAGCAUGAGUGUCGCAACACAAUCGGUUCGUAUGUGUGUUCGUGCCACAAUGGUUAUUCGCUGCAUGAGAAUGGUCAUGACUGCAAGGAAGGUGAAUGUAAACAUGAAAUUUCAGCACCAUUUGGCACUAUUUAUAGUCCGAACUAUCCGGAUUUAUAUCCACCGAAUGCCGAUUGUGUGUGGCAUUUUUCAACGACACCAGGACAUCGCAUAAAAUUGAUAUUCAAUGAAUUCAAAGUGGAGUCGCAUCAGGAAUGUGCCUAUGAUAAUGUGGCAAUUUAUGAUGGCGAUUCGGAGAGUAGUUCCCUGUUGGGUCGUUUCUGUGGUGAGAAAAUACCCUACCCGAUAUCCUCAUCCACCAAUCAGCUAUAUAUGGUACUUAAAACGGAUAAGAAUAAACAGCAUAGCGGUUUCACGGCUGUCCAUUCAACAUCUUGUGGUGGUUAUUUGCGUGCCACAAAUCAAAUUCAACAAUUCUAUUCGCAUUCGCGUUUUGGCAAUUUGAAUUAUGACAUGAAUAUGGAUUGUGAGUGGACCAUACAGGCACCACCCAAUAGCUAUGUGAAUUUGAUAUUUUUAACAUUCGAUUUGGAGAGCAGUGAAAAUUGUACAUACGACUACGUUCAGGUGUUUUCGGGUAUGGAGGAUACCAGUGGACCAAUGUAUGGACAAUAUUGUGGCAAUACGAUACCUCAAGACAUUAUCUCUCUAACCGACUCUCUGUUGGUACGUUUCAAGACCGACAGCAGUGUUGAUUACAAAGGUUUCUCAGCCUCCUAUGUGGCUGUAAAUCCCUUCGACAACAGUGAAGAAGAUGAGGAAGAAGGUAAUUCGUAUAGUGUUGAAAUUGCCACUGCAUUCCCCGGAGCUUUGAGAUCCAUCUACAAGGAGGAUAUAUCUAAGGAGACCGACGAUGAUGAUGAAUUCAAUGAAAAUCAAUUGCUCAUCAACAAUCAAUACUACAGUCGCAAUCGAUAUCAAAAUAGAUAUUAAGAUAA